AUGUAAUAAAAUGUUUAUUGCUUUGGGUGUAGAGUAACAGUAAAACAAAAAUGCGAUUGUAUGAUGCAAAAAUAUGAUAAAAUGGAACCACAGUAAAUGGAAUUUGUGAGGUGUUGAUCAGUGUAAUAAUAACCAAAUACAAAUUAGCAGAAACAUGCGAAAAUGCAUUCAUUAUUUUUGAAAGAAAAGUUAAUUGCUCCUUUUUUGCAGCAGUUUGUUUGUUUGACCGGAAGUGGCUGCGUGUGUCGCGCUGCACCCUGGGAGAUGUAGUUCCGCCGUGCGGCCUGCGCUUUGCAGCCAACUCGGUGUUUGGGGGGAAAAUAAAUAAACCCGGGGGGAUUUGAGUGGGGUAGAGAGGGCAUCGUGUGAACAGGAGAGUCCGGGGAGCCAGGCCUGCGAUUGAAGAGGCCUCUCGGGCAGCGCUGGCCCCGGGGAUCGUAGCGGCAGGAUGCCCGGCUUCACCUGCUGCGUGCCCGGCUGCUACAACAACUCGCACCGGGACCGGGAGCUCCGCUUCUACACUUUCCCCAAGGAUGAGGAGCAGCGCCGACUCUGGCUUCAGAACAUCUCCCGCACCGGAGUGUCGGGCUGCUUCAGCACCUUCUAUCCUACCACCGGACACCGGGUGUGCAGCGCCCACUUCCCCGGCGGCAGGAAGACCUACUCAGUCAAGGUCCCUACCAUCUUCCCGCUCCGAGGGGUCAACGAGAGGAAGAUCAGGCGCUCCCGCAAGAAGCUACCAGCAGCCGCCGCCGGCCAGGAGGACGUCAAGCCCAUUGACCUGUCCGGACCUUACUUCUUCUCGUCCUCCUCCUCUUCAUCCUCGCCUUCUCUCCCGGCCGCCGCCGCCGCCGUCCCUCGCCCCGAGGCUCCCGAGUGCCUAGAUCACUCCUACUCACUCUCCUCCACCACCACCUCCGAGGAGCUGCUCAGGAAACUCAACGAGCAGAAGGACAUUAUCGCCCUGAUGGAGGUGAAGAUCAAGGAGAUGAAAGGCACCAUCCGGCAACUGAAGGUCAGCGAGGCCAUCCUGCGGGAGGAGCUGAGGAAUAAGGAGAAAUUACUGUCCAUGUCGGUCAUCAGGAAGAAACAUGGAAUGUGACUGCCUGUUUUAUAAAUAAUAUAUAUAUUUCACAAACAUUUCGCAGCUACGGAACCCGAGGAAAGAUAGAAUUUAACGAAAAAAAAGACAAAUACGAGGAUCAUGUGCCGUCAUGGCACAGGAUGUUAGGACUUUUCGUGUGAUAUUUCAGAUGUGAUAAAAUAGUGUGACACCACUUGCUUAAUCUGUGUGUGUGUGUGUGCGCGCGUAUCCCAAACGAUAUGCAUCCCUAGUUACCGGUUGUUUCAUGCGACAGGUCAAAUUUGAGGCGCAUUCUGCAUGGUUGCAGUACUAAAAUUAACUUUAGGAAGUAGUGAAGCAACAAGGUACCGAAAAAGGUUCAACUUCCACUCGAGCAACAGUGCAUUCGCAAUCCAAUAUAUUCUAUGUUAUGAAUCAAUGUUUUUGUUCCAUUAUAAUGAUGCUAUAAAUUUAGUAGUUCCCCAUUAUUUUGUAUAUUGCCCUCUACAUUAAGUUACUGUACAACAAUAACCAUAAAAAGUAUAAUAAAUCCUCUCAUGGUUACACUUUGUAAAUUGGUUUAAUAAGAUUUUUACUUUUUUGAAUUUUUAGUGUUUUUAAUACAAUUGUGAGACUUUAAAAACGAACAAGCAAAGAGAUAGAACAAUAUUUAAAUAAUCUCAAACAGUAUAUUGGUUAGGCUGGUGUUGGCAUUCUCUUCCUAAACCUCUCCAACUGACCUUCCUCAUCAAAUUCCCUCCUUAAAACAUAGGUCUAAAAAAGCUUUCAGUCAUCCCUUCUAAUAUUUCCUUCUUUUGCUCGAUAUCCAUUUUUUAUGUCACCUCUAUAAAGCACUAUAACUAUAAAGUGGAAACUUUUCAGUCAUUUACUGUUUGAAACAUACAACUUUAAAUGAAAUUUCACAGAAAUACAUUCCAAAAGUUACAAUAUUUUAUUUUAAACAGAAUGCUGAAUAAGUCAUUUAUCAUGUAAUCACUACAGAAAAUUCUUCACAAUAAUGUACUAAGUUUAUUGAAACAGGUCAAAUAAUGCCAACGUUGUGUCCAUCUCUCAUACUGAAAUAAACAGAACAAUUUCAUAAACCUACAAUAAUUAAAAUGGUUAUCUGGAGUUGGCUGGAUCUUAAAUGAUUCCCAAAUAUCACAAUAGUACACUACUUAAUUUGCAUAGUGAACACUUUGCACCUUGAAGAAUUACUGUAAAAUUGCAAACAAUUAUUUCAAUAGCCUGAUGCCAUAAAUAGAAUAACAGAUAUCUGCUGAUGAACACAAAUCAUUACCCUUAAUGAGAAUUUGGAUACCAAGAUUGAAACAAAGUUCAAAUAAUUUUAUCUUCCUGCCCCUGUAAUUACAUUAGACACAAAAUAGUGCUGGAGAGAAGGAUUUUUUUAAAUUAUAAUUUCCAAAGUUAACAGUGGUUUUCAGUAGAAAUAUUUACAUCUUUGAAUGCAAAUUUUGGAGAGCACUGUAACAUUCAGGAAGUCAGUUUCAGAGAGGUUUUAUUCAUCAAUGGUUAAUUUUAUUGUUCUCUUUCAUCCUGUUGGCCAACUUUGCUGAUUCUGGACUAGCUCAUUUGUGAUAGUGUUAUUGUUAUUCAGAAAAAAUGGCAUCUAUCUGACAUAUCAGAAUCUGCUUUUUCUCUUUUCAAAUGCAAUCUUGAGCUACUGUGUAUUCUGCGCAUCUUCUGUUUUUAUUUUAACGACUUAAAAUAUUGACUCCAGUGGUGGUAAUUGUUAAGUGAGGAGUCUUACUUUGAAGGAUUAAUGAUUGUGACAUCAUUACUGCAGCAUUAGUCUGAAAUAAUCUGUAGUUGAUUACUUGGAUGUUUCAUGGUGUGCCAUAUGCCAUGAGUAUAACCAUCACAAUCAACUUUAUUAACUUUAGAUCUAUAUUGUUCUGCCUCUUAAUUCUCAAUGUAUUCAUCAAUGGUUGUAAAAUGCUUUGGGAUGUCCAGAGCACUUUAAGGUGCUAUGUAAAUAAAAGUCUUUUUUCUACCAUGC